AUGGCGCCGGCAAAGCUGCUAGAAAACUCCCACGCAUGGCUCGGAGCAUCCACGUCCUCUAUUGCAGCAGACAGCUACCAAUACCAGCUUCAGUCCAUGUGGCAGAAGUGCUGGAACACCAACCAAGGUCUGGUGCACAACCUGCGGUUCCGGGAGCGCGGGCCCCUCAAGUCCUGGCGACCAGAGACCAUGGCCGAAGCAAUCUUCUCCGUGCUGAAGGAAGGCUUGUCACUCUCCCAGGCGGCCAGAAAAUACGAUAUCCCGUACCCGACGUUUGUGCUGUACGCCAACCGCGUCCACAACAUGCUGGGUCCCAGCGCGGACGGCGGCGCAGAUUUGAGGCCGAAGGGUCGCGGGCGGCCGCAGCGCAUCCUGCUGGGCGUGUGGCCUGAUGAGCACAUCCGCGGCGUCAUCCGCGCCGUCGUCUUCCGCGACACGCACGCGCCGCACACCACGCACCACAUCAAAGAGGAGGUGCUCCCCGUCUACCCCGCCAUUACGGAUGGCAUGGGCGUACAAAAUGCCUACGGGAAUGCCUGUGGAAAUGGGCGCGAAGGCGGCGUCUCCCCGAACGCGGCCGCUGCCGCCGCCGUGGCCGCCGUGGCACACGGUUUGCGCCGGCAGAUGUGCAAUAUGGUAGUGGCUGCACAGCGGCCGCCCGACCACCCGGCGCACCUGGGCCUGCCCCCGCUGCCACUGCAGUCGCCGCGGCUCCCCUCGCCGCUCUCCGCCGGGCUCGAGUCGCCGCUCUGCUCGCCACCGCCACCCGGACACGCGCUAGAGCCACCAAAGCCCACCGACCCCUUCCGCCCAUUCGCAUCACCCCGCCCGGAUAGCCGCUACAGCGAGAGAGACGUAGCUGAGCUGUCAGACAUGGGCCCUCCCAAGACCCCGGUAUCGAUCGCCAAAAAUGGCAAAGAUCUAAUGUCGACCCCAGUGCCGGUGAAGAUGGAGCCUCCUCCAGUGGAAGCGCGGGCUGAAAACAUCUGAAGCGAGGCCGCGGGCGCAGCGCAGUCGCACACGCCAGUGGGCGUCCCGCCGUCGCCGCUGCCCGCCUAUCCUUAUUUCGUGCCCAACCGCAACUCCGUCGGCUACUUCUAAGCGCUGCAUAUGCGCAGCCAUGAACA